CUCUCUCUGUCUGUCACUCUCUCUCUGUCUGUCACACACACUCUCUCUCUCUCUGACACUCUCUCUGUCUGUCAGCCUUUCUCUCUUCCUCUCUCUAUCUGUGCUUCUUUCUCAACUCCAGUCCCCGAUAUCUAAGAGGAGAAUAAUACACUACAUACAAUACAUGCAAAAUUCUAUGCAUGCAUUGAUGCUACAUGGACCCUGAUUGCAUUUUAUGUUCAAAAACUGCACGGGCACUUGCAAAUCGUUGCACCACAAGCUCUGUACACGCGCACACACAUUCACACACCCGACACAUAUACAUACCUAUACAAACAAAUACCCCACACACACACAUACACACACACACUCUUGUCUGUCUACACUUUUAGAGUCAUAGCCCACUAACUGGAAAUCCACUGACGCACACACACACACACACGCGCGUACACACACACACACACACCUACGCACACGCAUACACGCAUACAUACAUACAUACAUACAUACAGAUAUACAUACAUAUACAUAAUUACAGUACCGAAACUAACCCACCCACACAACAUUACAAUACCAUCACCUCAGCGUAACACACACACACACACACACACACUUACACACACACACAUACAGAUGCGCGCGCACAUGCACGUUCAUAUGUUUAUAUUGCUAUUCUCAAACAUAUAUAUAUAUAUACACCUAUAUAUAUAAAUGAAUUCAUGCGUGUAUAUGACAUGGAAACUACUGUCUACACCUUCCGGAAGUUGGAUUAGCUUUUGUACCAUAGAAUAGACACGGAAAGACAGCUGGUGACCAGUGAACUAGGCCGGUAGGUGGCAGUAAUAGCAUCCCGGUCUGAAGGAAACCACUCGUCUCACACAGGAAUGCUAACCAUUGGAUAGAGCUGAAGUGCAUCAUUACAUUCUCAGUGAACCGAAUCUAUGACCCGGUUUCGAUUCCCAAUCAGGACCACUUCACAUCUUUCUUACGUCACUAGCGUGUUUAGUUUAAAUUAAAAUUUCCGACAUUAUCUACACACGCCCUGCCUGGCUGGAGAUUACCUACCACUUGUAGAUUAUGGCUCUUGCAUAUUCGCUUCUUUAGAAUGAGAAGAUAUCUUAAACGUCACUACGGUAUUUGAUAUGGACGUUAGCUGUUACCAGAAUAUGACACGGUGGGUCGCCAGAGAAUGGAAAAUGCCUUGUUAACCUUUAGCAUCUAGGUUUCAUGACCGACAAAAAACGGAUAUAAAUACUCGGCUGGAUUAAGAUAUUGCCGUAUACAAAGAAAUGGAUUCCCCAAGAUUUUGUGUGUGCCUGUAUCAUCACCGCCAUCGGAUGCUCUGUGCUCUUUGUUUUGUCUUCUUAUUGAACACAAUCAGCUUUGUCUCCAGUUCUUGCAACUUUCACGAUAUGAAACAUAUAGAGACGGUAGACGUAAUUUGGGAGACAAACAACACUAUCAGACCAAAUGGAAACGACUUAACAGAGAUUGAAUUUAAGAAAAAUUACAUGAUAGCCCGGCAUAUUUACCAAACACCGUUCGGUACUAAUAACACUGAGCAAUAUUACAUAAGAGAGUGUAUAUAUAAAAUGAUGGACAAAUAUGUGGUGCGGCAUGAAGAAAAGGGUAAACCGAGAAUGUAUGCAUGCCUUGAAUUUAUCAGAAGAGGUGUAGCUAUAAUGCAAAUUCGAGAAUCUAAUUUUGUGUCUCGGUUUGAUCUGCAGCUUUGUCAUGAGCACCAUCUAAAAUUAAACCCUUGGCCUUUAAUACUUCGCAGUCGAAUUAGGGACGAAUACUUACUUUGUCCUUUACAAGGAGGAUACAAUAUGAAAACCGUUGAUUCAAAUGGAAUUAGCAAUGGCUGCAACAUGAAAGCCCUUCCAAUGAGAUUAGAGAGCGAAUGUAUCGCUGGUGAAGGGAUGACAUUUUACUUUCGAUCUGAAACCUGCCUUCAGAAUACACCCAUGGAAACAACAACAAAUCUGUUAUGCGUCGCCAGCUGGUGGGAUGAUGGCUACACAUUUACUAUUGUUAGAACUUAUAAAGGUCAAAUCUGGUGCCUUCGUUCUCAAAAUAUUAGUAAUUGGGAAAAAACUGAAAUUUAUUUAUUCUUUGAUUUAAUUUGCCCCAACGGAGUAAAUGACAUCAUAGGAUGGUCUGAGACUUCAAAUAAGGCUCAACAAGCCAAGAACUACAUCGUUGCAAGCCUGACUCGUGUCUUGUAUACUAAACUAUGUCAAGACGAAUACAAAGAAUGUAGGCAGGUUGUAUGUUCAAGACUCACAGAUUAUGAGUGUCCCUACAGCUGCCGGAAAUGUGAUCCCAAUAUACCUCCAGCAGUCUGUUCUUUUCCAAGUCGGCUUCGUGGUCCAUGGUACCAAACAAAUUACGAUGGCAUCAAAGAGAUUCGGAUUAGCGAAUCGAAUUUUGAAAUUGAACGGGUUGGCUCGUUCAAGUGUGUCUCAUUAAGCAGAAUCUCAACUAGAAGUGAGGGUCGAUAUUCGGUGCUUUCGAUUUUCGAAAACGGUUGCCGACCUCGUUAUUCUUGUAUCCAAAUCACGGAUUAUUCUCCAAUGGUAAUGGGUUAUGUACUCUCAAAAAGUAUCGUUUGGCCACUCAUCGAUGAUCAUGUUAAAGAUUCGAUUUGUAGUAACCAAAGAUUCGUAUCAGAUGUAAAACCCAUUGGUGACACAUAUCGCUCUUUCCCAAAUUCAUUUAAACCGAUUGUGUCCCGCAAACCUUUGAUAAGUUUUAAGGAUUGCGAGUUUGAAUCAAGCUUUGAGAUUCGAUUAGCCAUAAAACCUGGACGAGGUUGCUACGGAAGCAUGUACCAGGACUGCUAUGAUAACACCUUAUGCCGUAUUGAAAUGAAAAAUUGCCCAAUACACGCACAUGUAAGCGACUAUCGUUGUUUAUUAACGUUUAAACCUAAUUAUUGGGAGAAGGCUGUAGUAAUGCAAAAUCGUGAUAACACUUCCGAUACUAUUUGUCUUUUGAGAAAUGACAUGCAUAAAAAUGAAAUAAUGGUGAUGGCCGCCAGUGAAUGUAAUAAAAUGACUUGGUCUUUUGUAAGAGGUCGGUAUUUGAAACCGCUUACUGUCUAUACCAUCAAAGCUGAGGCCAUACCUUGCAAAAACAUUCCGAUGAGGACCACAACCACCGCUGAUCGCAUUAUCAUACAUAAACCCCAAACAUUUGAUCGUGAUAAACCUAAUGACCCGUUUAAAAUACCGAGUGUACCAGACAUUAAAGAAGUUUACCGCAAAAGAAAGGCGGAGAGAAAGAAAGAACAUACUCGAAGUAAUGGCGUGCGUUUAGUUCAAUGCUUAACCAAAGGCGGAUUACAGUCAGUUUUUCUGUGGCUAUUUUCAAUAUUUUUACAAUUUACAUGAAAAACCGACGGAUUUUACAAAUUGAGAUAGAACACCAUAAGAACUGAAGUAUCGGCUAAUAGUAAGAAGCGUGCCAAUGAGAGAUACCUGCCAGUAAGGAUUUCAUUUCUUACUAAGAGUGGAAUAUAAUUUUUGAAAUCAGAUCAAAAGUAAUGAAUUGUAUAAUAAACCUGAUUAUUUAAAAAAAAAAAGAAAUAACAAAAAUAUAUUAAUGUUCCUCGUUCCCUUUCUCAGCUGCAGACAGUGUCGCUUACCCCCGCCAUAUUUGACCUUUCCUCCACCUCAAACUCACCUUUAUUUCUUUUCCCCUUGCUUCACUUUCAUCUUACCCUUCCUUCCUUUAUUCAAACAUAGAAACAGAUACCAGGACUAAAUUAUCUGUCGGAUGCUGAGCAACAUUAUACUAUUGGAGUACAGACUAAGAAGUUAUGUGUGAGAGUGAAAGAGAGAGAAAAAGAGUGUGUGUGUGUGUGUGUGUGUGUGUGUGUGUGUGUAAAAAUACAUAAAUAACAUAUGAAUGUUAUAUAUGUGUAUGUGUAUAUAAUUAUGUUUGUGAGUGUGUAUGUAUUUGUGUGUGUGUAUAUAUAUAAUUCGAAUUUCAUCCUAAAGUACAUACGCAGACAGUCACAGAUAUGCAUCAUGCAUCCAUACUGCAAAAGCUAAAUAGCUUUCAAAUGCACACAACAAACUAACUAAACGUUAAUCGUAUUCAAUCAGCUCAAAUGAAAACAUGUUUAUAAUACAUGACAAUGAAAGGCUGAAUAAUUGUUGACUGAUAAAUAUACUUUAUAUCACUCAUGGUGGAUUAGUCAAAUUUCGUCCACAUUGAAAAUAAUGACA